AUGAAUCUUCUAAUUGAACAACGUCCAACAAUAACGUCAAAAAUACAACAACAAUCAAAUUCAAAUGAUGUUAAUAAUAAUUUAUCAUCAUCAUCAUCAUCAUCGCUUAUACUUAAAAUAAAGCGUCAAACGACUAAACAACAAACCAAUCUUAAUUUAAUUUCAUCAUCAAUGGCUAACGACGAUAAUAAUAAUACUAAUUCUCGUUCAACAAUACAUAAUCAACGUUUAAAACGUCCUAUUACAAAUCAAACGGCACGUCGAUCAUCAUCACCUGCAUUUAAUAGUAAACAACAAGCAACAAAACGUUCUGUAACGAUUGAUAAUAAUAAUAAUGAUUUAAAUCCAAAUAUAGAUGAUAUAUCAUCAAAAAAACGAUUUAAACAAGAUGAUUUAAAUCAACCAUCAGCAACUAAAGUGGAUGCCAGUGUUGAAACAGUCUCUAUUGGUUUGGCUACCGAACCUGAUCAACUUGGUCCCUGUGAGCCCGGUACUAGCGUUGUUUUAGAAGGCAUCGUUUGGAAUGAAACUGACAGUGGUGUACUGGUUGUGAAUGUAACAUGGCGAGGAAAAACUUAUGUAGGUACAUUAUUAGAUUCAACUAAACAAGAUUGGGCGUGUCCGAGAUUAACAUGUGAAUCACCGACUAGUGAUUAUGAUGCUCGUAAUAGUAGUAAAACUAGUCGUACAAAACGUUCGAAUGCCGGUGGAAAUAAUCGAUUUUCAAAUUAUCAAUCAUCAUCAUUAUCAUCAUCAUGUCAACAAUUAUCAUCAAAUACAUUGAUAUCAGGAUGUGAUGAUCGUAAACUACGUAAUAAUAUUAAAUCUCGACAAUCAAAACGAAUACAAUUAAAUACAUUUGAUGACUUAGCAACAAAUAAUUCACCAUCAUACCGAACAAAUACAGCAUUUUUUUCAUCAAUAAAUAAUGAUAUACAAUUAAUAUCAUGUCCUGAAUCACAAUGUCAUAAACAAUUUGUAUCAAAUAUUGCUUUACAAUAUCAUUUAAGUAAUGCACAUAAAAAAAUUGAUUCAAUAUCAGCAAUAUCUAUACAACAAGCUAAUACACGUGAUGAAGAAGAUGUUGCACAUAUUCUUGCUAAUGUUGCUGAUUAUGUACGACGACCAUCACCUGAGCAUCAACGUCAAACAACAUUAACAUGGCCAUGUCCACAAAUAUCAUCAAAUCUUGUUCGAUCAUCACCAUUAAACAAUAAUGAACAAACAUCUAUUCAUUUAUCAACAAAUCCAACUAGAUGUGUUCUUAAUAAUAAUGAAACGAAUAUAGAACAAGAUGAAAUUAAAUCUACAGUAAAAUCAACUGAUCAUUUUCUAUUACAUAUGCAAGAUGAACCAUCAAUAUCUUCUACAUCAUCAUGGACAAAUUCAAAAAUUGAUCAAACUAAUAAUAAUAAUAAUAAUAAUAAUAAUAAUAAAUCUGUAAAAAUUCCUACACCACCACCACCACCAUUAUCAUCAUCACUUGAUCCAAUUAAUUUAAAUUCAACUAUUCAAACUCUCCCAACUUCAUCAUCACCAGCUUAUUCUGAUAUAUCAGAUGAAGAUUCAACAACAAUAAUAACAAAUGAAAAUCUACAACGAACACCAUCAACAAUUAAUUUAUUAACAGUAACUAAUGGAAAAUUUGAUGAAAAUGAACAAACAUUAAUUCCUAAUUCAACAUGGACAACACAAAUGCUUCUACAACAAUAUGGUUCUUAUAUGCAACAACAAGCAUUUGUUGAUAAAGAAUUAACAUCGAAUCGUAUGAACAGUAAAACAAAUCCAAAUAGUACUAGUGAUUCAACUGUAAAAAAUAUUCUUGAUUCACGUCGUUUAUCAACAACAACAAAAUCAUCACCUUCAACAAUCAUAACAAAUGAUUCAAAUACAUUAUUAAAUGAUUAUCAAAAAAAUUUAUAUCAUUAUCAUACAAAUGGUAUAAUUAAUGAUACAAAAUUAUCAACAACAAUUGUUCAUUCUUUAACAUCACCUAAUGAAAAUUUAUUAAAUUUAUCAACAACAAAUCCAUUAGAUUAUUCAUUACAUAAUACAUCUUCAUCUUCAAUACAUCCGUCUCGGUGA